GAAGCGCAGCGCCGACGCCGCGCCGCCCAGCCCAGCCGAGAGGGGCGCACUAGCCGCCGCGGGGCCCGCCGCCGCUCACCGCAGCCCCCUCCUGGCGACCAGCAAAGCUGCUGGUGGCCAUCUUUGUUAUCAAAUGGAGAAAGCCUGCCUGAAGAUGAAGCUAGCCCAAGGAAAAUAGAAACGAGAUGAGAUGAAAAGGCACACUUCAGCCUAUUGAUCUCACCACACCCGAAAUCAGUCUUCUCAGACUGUGAGUAACUGAGUGGUUUGUGCAUCAUUGCGGUAGCCAAUCUAAAAUUCCUGGCGGCCUCGUCUGCCUGAUCUACUCAUUCCCUACUCUGAAACCAAGAGAAGACUGUGCCACAAGACUCCUCCAGAAAUUGCUACAAUGUCUGUAUCUAAUUUAUCAUGCCCAGCCAUACCAGAGGGUCCCAGCAAUCUGGUAUUUUCUUCUCUACUCCAAAUUCUCCUAUCCGGGUCUGUGAACUACAGUUGAAGAAAAAGUCCCAGUCGGUGGAUAUUAGUGCUCCAGGGUUCAACCCUUUGGCUGGUGCAGGAAAACAAACGCCACAAGCCAGUAAACCCACCACACCCAAGACGCCCAUCAUUGAAGAAGCGCAGAACAACGCAGAAAAUUCCCAGAAGCAUCCUUCCCGAAGGAGUGAGCUGAAGAGGUUCUACACCAUUGACACUGGCCAAAAGAAGACCCUAGACAAGAAAGAUGGGAGAAGAAUGUCUUUUCAGAAACCCAAAGGGACUACUGAAUAUACUGUUGAAUCAAGGGAUUCUUUGAAUACUAUAGCCCUGAAAUUUGAUACAACGCCCAACGAACUUGUUCAGUUAAAUAAGUUAUUCUCCCGAGCAGUUGUUACUGGACAGGUUUUAUAUGUUCCUGAUCCUGAAUAUGUCUCCAGUGUUGAGAGCUCCCCGUCUCUAAGCCCCAUAAGUCCUCUGUCACCAACAUCAUCCGAGGCUGAACUUGAUAAGACCGCUAAUCCUGAUGUAGUCCACCCGAAAGAAGAAACUCUCUCAUCUGCUUUUACUGGUAUUCGACCUGCACGAGUUAUAUCGUCAACUUCUGAGGAGGAAGAAGCAUUUACUGAGAAAUUUCUUAAAAUUAAUUGCAGAUAUAUUACCAGUGACAAGGGCACAGUCAGUGGUGUGUUGCUAGUUACACCAAAUAAUAUAAUGUUUGAUCCACAUAAAACUGACCCCUUGGUUCAAGAGAAUGGCUGUGAGGAAUAUGGCAUCAUGUGUCCAAUGGAAGAGGUGAUGUCAGCUGCAAUGUACAAAGAAAUUUUCGAUAGCAAAAUAAAGGAAUCCUUACCCAUAGAGAUAGAUCAGUUAUCAGGAAGAGACUUCUGCCAUUUAAAGAAAAUGACAAGAAGUAAUACUGAUGAAAUAGACUCAAGAAUUCGUGAUGCAGGUAAUGAUAGUGCCAGCACUGCUCCUAGGAGCACCGAGGAGUCUCUUUCUGAAGAUGUGUUCACGGAGUCAGAGCUCUCUCCUAUACGAGAGGAGCUUAUUUCUUCAGAUGAGCUGCGACAAGAUAAAUCAUCUGCUGCUUCAUCAGAAUCUGUGCAAACCGUCAGUCAGAGUGGAGUAGAAUGUUUGACAGUCGUAACAGAGGCUGCUAGUACUCCUGACCACUUAAAAUCCGAUUCUGGACAUACUACCAAUGAAGUUGGGACUCUUUCUCUUAAAACUGAUUUAAAUAAUCUUGAAAUGGCUACUAAGGAAGGAGAUCAGACUACAGAUAAUCUUCAAGAAAUAUCAGGUCCUAAAGAACAAAGCACAGGUAUAAAAGGUAAUGCAGACCAGGAUUUUCUUCUUAAUGAGAAUUCAUUACACCAUGAAGAAGGUGAAAAAGAAAGUAUGCCCUGUGGGGAAGCAAUAGAAUUUAAACAAAAGCCAAUUGUCAACAAAGGAAAACAAGGAAAGGAACAAAAUCAGGACUCAGAGACUGAGGUAGAAGAGCUACGGAAACUCUGGAAAACCCAUACAAUGCAACAAACUAAACAGCAAAGGGAAAAUAUUCAACAGGUGUCACAAAAAGAAAUUAAGCAUAAAAUAGCAACAACCAGUAUAGAAGGUUCUGCACUUUUAAAAGAAAAGAGGAGGCAUCGAUUACAUAAGUUCUUAUGUCUCAGAGUUGGAAAACCUAUGAGGAAAACAUUUGUAUCUCAAGCAAGUGCAACGAUGCAACAGUAUGCACAGAGAGAUAAGAAACAUGAAUAUUGGUUUGCUGUGCCACAAGAAAGGACAGACCACCUGUAUGCCUUCUUCAUUCAGUGGAGUCCAGAAAUAUAUGCAGAAGAUACUGGUGAAUAUACCAGAGAACCUGGAUUUAUAGUAGUAAAAAAGAUUGAAGAAUCUGAAACAAAUGAGGAUUCUACUAAUGAAGCAGCAGCUAGAGAAUGGGAGGUAGUGUCAGUGGCUGAGUAUCACCGCAGGAUCGAUGCUCUAAAUACUGAAGAACUGCGCACACUCUGCAGACGUCUCCAGAUUACUACAAGGGAAGAUAUAAAUUCAAAGCAGGUUACUCCAGUGAAAGCAGACCUGGAAUCUGAAUCUUUUCGACCAAACCUAAGUGAUCCCAGUGAACUCUUACUGCCAGAUCAAAUUGAAAAGCUUACCAAGCAUCUUCCACCAAGAACAAUUGGCUAUCCAUGGACUCUUGUUUAUGGUACUGGGAAGCAUGGUACAAGCUUGAAGACCCUUUAUCGAACAAUGACAGGUUUAGACACUCCAGUGCUGUUGGUGAUUAAAGACAGUGAUGGGCAGGUUUUUGGUGCAUUGGCAUCUGAGCCAUUUAAAGUAAGUGAUGGCUUUUAUGGUACUGGAGAGACCUUUGUCUUUACGUUCUGUCCAGAAUUUGAGGUCUUUAAGUGGACAGGAGAUAAUAUGUUUUUUAUCAAAGGAGACAUGGAUUCACUAGCUUUUGGUGGUGGAGGGGGAGAAUUUGCCCUGUGGCUUGAUGGAGACCUCUACCAUGGAAGAAGCCAUUCUUGUAAAACAUUUGGAAAUCAUACACUUUCUAAGAAGGAAGACUUCUUUAUCCAAGACAUUGAAAUCUGGGCUUUUGAAUGAAUAUAAUGCUUUCUCUCUUAGCAGGAUAAUGGCCCAAACCUGACAUGGACAAACAAGCAUUGUUUGGAAAGUUCAAGAAGCAAUACAAUGUAACAUGUAACUCAUGCUUUAAAAAUAGUUCAUAUCACCAUUUCUUACAGCUAUAAUUUUGGAACUUAUUUUUAAAAUCAUAUUUCUGUUCCAGAGGUCUUUAGGGUUAGACCAUGGCGUGGGUCCCUGCAGUGUAACAGCUUAGGUUUUGUCAGAAUUUUGUUAACAUUUUGAUCAUAGUGACCACCUCAUCUAUAAUCCAUGUUUUCUCAGUCUCCUAAUAGGAUGGUGCUCUUUUGUUGAACCUAUUUUGGUUUAUUAUUUUUUAAACUAUAUUGUUUGUUUUAGUAGAGUAGUCUAACCUGGGAUAUUGAGGGAAUGAAGACUAGGUACUGCUGUAUCUGUGAGGUUGGCACAGGUGACUUUUGGACAUGCUCAGCUUAGUUAUUCUUAGAAAGGAAAAAACACAUGCCAAAACAAUGCAUACUUCAUAGACCACUGAGUUCUAGUUUUAAUUCACAGUACAACAUUCUCUUUAUUAAUUUUGCCUGUAUUCUCAAUUUCAUUUUAAUAAAAAUGAAAUUUGAGGAGAAUUCUGAUUGUAAUAGACCACAGUGCACAUGAUCUGCAGGUUUGGGCAUAUGCUUUCAUCGUUGAAUUAUCUGAUAAAGAGUUAUAAAAUGACAAAGGAGAAUGAGAACUUGAUGAUUCUACUGAAUUUAAUAUAUCAAGCAAGAAAAUAUACUAUUUACAUAUUUGUAGCUUAGCAGGGCAUUAUCAUAACUACAGAAACUAAGAAACAGAUGCAUAUUUCGUCAACAUAUUGUGUCAGGUAUACUGUUUUAUAGUUCUGUUGUUUUAGCCUUGUUGCACACCAACUCCCAAAAUAAGGUUCCUGUUCAAAAGAAAAAAAAAAAACACCUUGCGAUUUUUUUUUGAGUGGUAUAUGUUAUUAAUCACCAUUAGCAUUUGCUGUUAUAAAAGGACAAUGAUUAUAGUAGAAUAUUGUAACUCAGUAGACUUGUUGAAUAUGCAAACUUACUGUCAAGUGACCUCAAGAAAAAGAAAAGAUAAAAUAUAUCAGUAGUUCUUAUCCUCUUUUGUAGGAAACCAGUAAUAAGCCAUUGCGGCAAUAAUUCAUCAGUUAAUUUCAAAGCUUCAUGUAAUGCAAAAAAAAAAAAAAAAAUCCUGCCGUUAUACAUGUGACAGUGACCUUGUGCUGAAAUUUCAGCUAUUCCAGGUAAACGUUGUAUAUUUUCUUGUAAAUUAAUGUUUAAAGGUAGUUUUGUUCUUAUAGAAAGUGUCGAUUGCCAGGUUGCUUAUAGCACUUUAAAUUAUUCUAAAAAUGAAAUUAUAAGCCGAAUAUGUUGGCUUAAGUAGAUUUAGUUGUAUAGUACUUGGAUAUAUUUAGAUCUUUUGAAAGUUUAGAUAAUUAUCUAAAGAAAGCAUAAUGCUAAUGAAAAAAUCUGAUAAUCUAUUUAAUAUGCUAUUGCCGAAUAUGAAUAGAAAUACAGGGCAUCGUUUCCUUGUUUAUGUAAAGCUCUCAUUAAAAGUUACUAACAGUGUAUAGAUUAAAUGUUUACAAUAUAAGGAACUGUAAAUAAAUAUAUCAGUUUUUUUCCCCCUUUGGUCUUCCACAGCAGUAUUAUUGUCUUUGUGGAGUUGACUAAUCAUAAAAAAAUCCUGUAUUGGAUUUCAAUUACAAUAAGGUCAUAGUGGUGUAUACCAAAUAAAAUUAAAUACAUAAAUGUAAA